AUGCACAUUCCUGAGAAUGACCUGAUGGUACAAAUCUUCACGUACGGCAUUUUAUCCCUAAACAAAAUGGAACAACAGCACCAUGUCCCCGAUGAGCUUCAAGGGACUAGUUAUCAUCCAGAAGCUUUCGGUCUGGCUCGUCUCUACGCUUAUCAAACAUUAACUUUUCGAAAUAAGAAAACCAUAGUUGAAGGAGUUAUCUUGACAUGUGUGAUCUUAACCAACGGAAUCGGCGUUUUAUGGGAUUAUUCUGAAAGAACAGUUGCUCUAAUUAAACCGUAUCUACCCCUUAAAAAGUCAACGUCCUGGCCAUGGCUUGGCAUCUUUUUCUUUACCCUGUGUUACACAAUUCUGGAAAGAGUUAUCUUAUAUUUGCCAGAACUGGAAGAAUUUGAAAUUGAAAAAUACUUUGGAUUUUCUCGAGCCAGUCGGAAAAAAUUAACGAAGAGCUUUAUCAAAGUUUCUAUUCUGAAAGUUAUUUUGUGGCCGGUUUAUUUGACGGCAUUUUCAUGGGGGUUGCAGAAACUGUCUAAAUUGAUUGAAGACAAAUCAUGGACAGUUUUAUCCUUAAUGGGCUUCUCGUACUGGUUGCUGUUUCCCACGCUGAUCGUCGUUGUAAUCUUGGCGAAUUCAAAGCAGGUCCAGCCACUUCCGGAAGGGGGGUUAAAGACACGAAUUGACAGUUUGGCAGACAAGGUCAACUUUCCAAAGGAUUGCAUUUUUGUGUUGCACUCGACUAAAGCGAAGAAUCAUCCGAACGCCUUCCACCUCAAGUUUUUGAAUUUUCAACGACUCAUUAUUUUUGAGUCACUAAUUGAAUUUAAGGACACCUCAAAUCCAGAAACAUUACAUAUACAAGGAAAAGGGUUAUCAGACCCGCAAGUUGAAGCAGUCAUUGCACACGAAUUGGGGCACUAUCACUUAUCUCAUGGGUUUUGGGGGGUCACUUAUCUUCAGCUCAAAACACUGCUUUCUUACCUGCUAACCAUGUGGCUUAUCCAAUACUCUGUAUUUUACAACGUUAUCGGAAUUUCUACAUAUGGCAACAACAGUUACCUCAUUCCUGGUCUCAUUGCGGCUGAUUUGUUUGUGGUUCAAUACACUUCAAAGUUUCUGGACUUUCUUUUCGCCAUUUUUCAACGGUAUACGGAAACUCAAGCUGACAAGUAUGCCGUUCGUCUUGGUUAUGGUCACACGUUGGAAAGUGCUCUCGUGAAACUCACAAUGGACAACUAUAUUUUUCCAGUUGACGAUGCCUUUUACACAGUGAUAAAUUGUACACAUCCAUCAAUGAUAACGAGAAUGAGGAAUAUUCGGAAAUGCAUGAUUUCCAAUUAAAUUAUUGAGUAUACAGAUUUAAUAAAAUGCGCCAGUAUUGCUAAUUCUAAAUUACCAUGAUUAUAGUAAGACUUCACUUUGACUAUAAUUAGGGCUCUGCAAUUUGUCUU